AUGGAAGUACACGUCGCCAAAUUGUUCUCCAAGCUCGAGAGCUCCGGCGGCUCUCACUCGGCCCCGAGGAGCUUCCCCUACGAAAAUUCUCUGGACACCACCGAGGAGGAUGCACUCCGGCACGGCCACACGAUUAUCCCCGUCGAGCGCGACCUCUGUUACGAGCUUGUCGAGAUUCAAUCACCCUGUGGCAAGAAAUGGGACGAGGGCUGA